AUGGCUAACUCAAAGAAAAGGAAGCGAUCAAGAUCGCUGUCUCGAGAUAGACAUAAAAAAGAGCGUAGGACGGAAAAACAGAUCCAAGAGAUGCAGAACCAGAUAACUAACCUAACAAAUACGGUUAAGCAGUUCAUAGAAAACUCAGGAAAGAUAUCCCUCCCGACAACAAGUCAAGCGGAUAUCUUGUCCCACUCGGGAAUAGAUAAAUCCGAUGAGAUUUCAGUACAGGAUACGACUGGGAAACCAGAUCAGUCCCCGAACAGUUCUCCGAUUACAACUGAAGAACAGUCCAAUGAGGACACUAACAGAGAGGAAAUUAAAAAACUAUUAGGAAUAGAUCCUAAUGAUUCUAAACAACUAAAACUUAACUUUCAUGAGGAAUUAAGAAAUACUUGGACAAAAUGGAUGAAAGACGGCCUUCCGGAAGCGAAGAAAAAACAAAUCUUAGAAUUGUACUCACGGAAGGAAGAAUUUUAUACGGAAGCACCGAAAUUAAAUACAGAUAUCAUCCCAGCUCUGACAGACAUCGCCAAAAAGAGAGAUGAACAUUUUGUAAACACGCAAAACUGUGUAGGAACGGCAAUUUCGGCCUUGGGCGCAGCAAUUUCAAUGAUAUUGGAGACACCAGAAGAGGGUAUAGAUCAGGAAAAAUUCUCCGAUCUUUUAUGCCAUGCAGGUCAACUUCUGACAGAGAUUUUCCACGAACACUCAAUUGCAAGAAAAUCAUUUAUCACUCCCUUGCUAAACAAGUCGCUCAAACCAACACUGGACACAACAGUCUCAGAUGAAUGGCUGUAUUCAGAAAAAUUCAGGGAUUUAGUUAAAGAAGCCAAAACUAUUGAGAAAGCAGUAGGCGGCCUUAAACACCUAGAAAAAACCCAGAAGUCUCAAUUAACCCCUCGUAGGCAGGGAAACUGGAGAACCCCACCUGCGAACUGGAGGCAGUUUAGGGAACAUCCCAUACAACCGAUCAUCUUGAAGGAACCAUCCUGGUCAUCAGAACAAACUUCACAUUACAGGACUGCAAUAGCGCAGUUAUUAGCUAAAAAUGUGAUAGAAGUAUGCGCAGAAUUGAAUGACCAAUUUAUUUCCCCUUUUUUCCUCGUUCCAAAACCGGAUGGCUCGAAUAGAUUCAUUAUCAAUCUAAAAGAACUGAACAAGUUUAUAGACCCGAUACAUUUUAAGAUGGAAGACAUCAGAUCAGUUAGAGACUUAGUUAGAAAAAACGAUUUUAUGUGUACCCUAGACUUGAAAGAUGCAUAUUACCUAAUUCCGGUUAAAGAAAGCGAUAGAAGAUUUCUAAGAUUUCGUUUCGAAAAGAAACUAUAUCAAUUUAAUUGUUUACCCUUCGGAUUAUGUACAAGUCCAUACAUUUUCACAAAAAUUAUGAAACCCGUUAUUAAGCGUUUAAGGAGCGAAGGUGUUACAUGCAGUAUUUACCUUGAUGAUAUUUUGAUCAUAGAAAAAUCAAUAGAAAAAUGUAGUAAAAAUAUUGAGAAAACAAUUAAUCUGCUAAAACAACUAGGAUUUAUCAUAAAUUAUAAGAAAAGCUCCUUAACACCUAGUCAAAGAUGUAAAUACUUGGGAUUCAUAAUUAAUUCAGUGGAUUAUUGUCUGGAAUUAGAUAACGAGAAGAAACAAAAAAUUGUAUCCUUACUGGAAAAAUUUCAAGUAAACAAUUGGUACAAAGUUCGCGAAUUUGCAAAAUUACUGGGAACCCUGAACGCGGCCUGCCCUGCAGUAACAUACGGAUUCAUAUACUGUAAAAGAUUAGAGAGAGAAAAAUUUCUAACCUUGAAAUUUAAUGGUUACAACUUUGAGGGAAAAAUUCGUAUCAAUAAACCAAUGUUUGAUGACCUUCAGUGGUGGAAGACCAAUAUUAUAACGAGUUCCAACCCUAUUAGAACACAAAAUUACGCUCUAGAAAUUUUCUCAGAUGCAUCUAGAACGGGUUGGGGCUGUUUUUGUAAUGAUAUGAGCACUCACGGUACAUGGAACGAGGAAGAAAGAAAACAUCACAUUAAUUUUCUGGAACUAUUGGCAGCAUUUUUCUCACUUAAGUGUUUCGCAUCAGAACUUUCUAAUAGAGAAAUUCUGUUAAGGUUAGACAAUUCUACAGCCAUCUGUUACGUAAACAGAGCGGGUGGAGUUCAGUUUCCGCAUCUAAGCGAGCUCGCGAGAAAAAUCUGGCAAUGGUGUGAAAACAAAAAACUAUGGAUUAGAGCCUCUUAUAUUGCCUCCAAGGAGAACGUCGAAGCGGAUACAGCGUCUAGAAUCACAAAUCUGGAUACGGAAUGGGAGUUAUCUGAUAGAUAUUUUAAUCAAAUCGUUAAAAACUUUGGAAUGCCCUCGGUGGACCUAUUCGCUACUAGAAUAAAUAAAAAAUGCAAAAUGUUUUACUCCAGAUUUCCGGAUCCAGACGCAUCAUCAGUAGAUGCUUUCACAGUCUCCUGGAAGAACAAAAAAUUUUACGCGUUCCCCCCCUUUGCGCUCAUCUUACGUACUUUACGAAAAAUUAUCCUUGAUCAAGCAGAAGGGGUGGUUGUGAGAAAAAACACAUCAUAUGAUAUCCCACCUUUCCCUGGCGGCAGGAAAAUUAUCAUAUCGGCAUUGUCUAAGAAAGGCGUAAGAGAGGACUCCAUGGGUACCAUGAUUACUUCAAUCACUAACUCUACAUUGAAUCAAUACCAAAGUGCCUUGAAGAUGUGGUGGGACUUUGCUCAUAACAGAGGUCUGGAUGUUUAUAACGCCUCAACUGCGGACAUUCUAAGCUUCUUAUCAAAAAGAUUCAAUGAUGGCGCAAGAUAUAGCGUCUUAAAUACAAGUAGAUCAGCGAUUUCCCUUGUUUCUUUAAGAGAUAUAUCUCAAGAUGGUCUUAUAGCGCGUUUCCUAAAAGGGGUUUUUAAGUUAAAACCGACAAAACCAAAAUAUUCCAGUACUUGGGAUACAUCUCUGGUGCUAAAUUACAUUAAAGACCUGCCUCCGAUGUCUCAGUUAAAAAUUAAAGAGGCAGCAGAAAAACUAACAACAUUGUUAGCAUUAUCAACGGCUCAUAGACUACAAACCCUAGCACUAAUCGAUAUUGAGAACAUUUCAAGAUCGAAGGCUGGGAUUACAAUAAAGAUACCGGACUUGAUUAAAACAUCUAGACCAGGAUCCUUCCAACCCGAUUUAUACUUACCUUUCUUUAAAACAAAACCCAAUCUGUGUGUAGCAACCUGCAUCCUGGAAUAUUUAGAAAUCACAAAAAACUUAAGAGACAAAAGCAAUAAACGUUUAUUAAUUUCAACAAUUAAACCACAUGGUCCAGCUAGUCCACAAACAAUAGGACAUUGGAUAAAAUCCUUACUAACAAAAGCAGGAAUUGACACAAAGGAAUUUUCUGCAUACAGCACUAGACAUGCAGCGGUGUCGGCUGCUUUCAAUAAGGGCGUUGAUAUUGCAACAAUUAGACGUACAGCCGGUUGGUCGGCACAAUCUCAAACCUUUAUGAGAUUUUAUAAUAGACCGAUACAACCAUCCAAUGAUCACUUUGCGCGAGCAGUUAUAUUAUAA